CUCUUUUCUUGCACCUAUACGCGGCGUGGUGCAAUAUGGGUGGGAAAAGUCAGGCAUAACAGCCAAACAUGGCAGGAGGCAAAAAGAGGACUGUUCGCCAGUCCACAUUUAACAACACAAUUAAUUCCAUAUGGCAGGACAAACACCUGAUUUUGUUCAAACCAGAGCACACACUCUUGGUCGCGGCGGUCCUGUGGUUUGUGGAAAUCGGCAUUAACUUGUGGAUCAUUCAAAAAGUAUCAUAUACAGAGAUUGAUUGGAAAGCCUACAUGGAUGAGGUUGAGGGUGUCAUAAAUGGCACCUAUGACUAUACCCAGUUAAAGGGAGACACAGGGCCUCUUGUGUACCCAGCUGGAUUUGUCUACAUUUUCACUGUGCUUUACUAUAUAACAGAUCAGGGGCUGAAUAUUAGACUGGCACAGUAUUCGUUUGCUAGCUUCUAUCUUAUCACUCUUUUUUUGGUCUUCCGAAUUUACCACCGUACAAAGAAGGUCCCACCAUAUGUUUUUUUCUUUGUGUGCUGUGCGUCAUAUCGAAUCCACUCCAUUUUUGUGUUGCGACUCUUUAAUGACCCUGUGGCAAUGAUGCUGCUCUUUGGAGCAGUCAACCUAAUUCUGGAUGCACACUGGACCCUGGGUUGUGCCCUUUAUAGUCUAGCUGUGUCGGUGAAGAUGAACGUGAUGCUAUUUGCUCCAGGACUCCUCUUCAUCCUCCUGUCAGAGUUUGGACUGUUGAAGACUCUUCCCAAGCUCACAAUCUGUGCCAUCAUCCAGCUUGUUUUAGGUUUACCCUUCCUCUUGGUGAAUCCUUUAGGCUACGUGACCCGGGCGUUUGAUCUGGGCCGUCAGUUUCUGUUUAAGUGGACGGUGAACUGGCGAUUCUUGCCUGAGGACCUUUUCCACAGCAGGUACUUCCACCUGGUGCUGUUAUUUGCACACCUGGCCACACUUCUCUGUUUUGCUUUGAGGAGAUGGAAGAGGUCAGGGAGCAAUGUUUGGGUUCUUUUCAAAGAUCCUUCUGUGAGGAAGCCAAUGACACAGAAGCUCAGUGCUGACCAGAUCGUUCUCAUAUUGUUCUCUUCAAACUUCAUUGGUAUGUGCUUCUGCCGCUCGCUGCACUACCAGUUCUACGUUUGGUAUUUCCACACUCUGCCCUACCUACUGUGGAGCGGUGGGGUGAAGAAACUGGCUCACCUGCUCAGAGUGUUGAUACUGGGUCUGAUCGAGCUUGCAUGGAACACGUAUCCCUCCACCGCCUACAGCUCUUUGUCCCUGCAUGUCUGCCAUCUCAUCAUCUUGCUGUGUCUGUGGUUCAACCCAACCUCUCCUCCACCAGAUACAGGCUCAGAGUCGCAUAAGACCAAACGCCAAUGAGUGCUGCUGCUACUGGCAUCUGUGUUCUUGCUCCAUGCACAACUCUCUCUGCUGGGUGCAGGAGGGAGAACGUUAGCACUGCUGUUUUUUCAGCCUGUGACCUCUAAAGGAUAAGAUGGAUUCAGAUGUGCAGGAAAAUCUUAAAGAACAAUGUUUUUUCAUGUGGAUCAGCAUAUAAUGUGACUUUAUACAUGUAGAAUUUCAUUACAUGCAAAUUGAAAAGA